AUGGCUGAUUUGAGGGCGAUGUUCACCCACCUUAAUCUGUUUGAUGAUAGAGGUCUGUUAGCCGAGUUACAAGUUAAGCCGACUUGGAUUGAUCAGAUUCAGGAUAAACUUUUAGGGGAUAAGUCUCUGGGUUUGCGGUUCCGUCAGAUUAAGAAUGGCAGUACUUCAAAUUUUGGGUUGAAUAAAGAUGGAGUUCUGUGUUUUCGAAGUCAGAUUUGUGUGCUGAAUGAUUCUGAUCUGAGGCAGUUGAUUUUGAGGGAGGCGCAUAGUAGCCCUUAUGCUAUUCACCUUGGUGGUAAUAAGAUGACUCGGGAUCUCCGUGGACUGUAUUGGUGGCCAGGUUUCAAAUGUGAGGUUACAAAUUUCGUUGCUCGUUGUCUGACGUGCCAGCAAGUUAAGACUGAGCACCAGUUACCUUCAGUCUCGAUAAUUUCUGAUAGAGAUCCUCACUUCACUUCUCGAAUCUGGAAGAAAUUACAUGAAGCUCUGGGUUCGAGAUUGGACUUCAGUACUGUGUUUCAUCUUCAUACCGAUGGUCAAUCUAAGAGGGUGAUUUAG